UUGGCAGAGCAGUAUGACGUUAUCGUAGUCGGCGCGGGCAACGCCGCAUUGAGCGCGGCCUUGGCAGCAAAAGAAGUCUGCGGGCCGGUGCUGGUGGUGGAGAAAGCGCCGGAGUUCUUCCGGGGAGGCAACACAUACUUCACCGGCGGGAUCAUCCGCUUUGCUUUCGACGGUAUUGAGGACAUCAAAGCCUUGAUCCCGGACAUGUCCCCCACUGAAGAAACGUCCGUCGACGUGGGGAGCUACACCCAGGACCAGUUCUAUGACGACAUGAUGCGGGUCACCCAAGGACGAUCCGAUCCGGACUUGGCGCAAAUCCUGGUAAGCCAGUCGCUCCCUACCAUGAAGUGGCUCCAAGAAAAGGGCGUGCGGUUCGUCCUUUCCUACGGUCGCCAAGCCUUCAAGGAUGGCGACAAGUUCCGGUUUUGGGGAGGCUUGGUGGUAGAGGCGGUCGGCGCGGGAAAGGGGCUUUCCGAUCAGCAGUUUGAAGCGUCGCAGCAGGCCGGGGUGGACAUCCGCUACUCCACUCAAGGCAUCCAACUGCUUCAGGACGACAAAGGCCGGGUCAACGGGCUGAGGGUGCAAGGCCCCGACGGUUUCGAAGAUAUCUAUGCUCAUUCGGUAGUCCUGGCCAGCGGCGGUUUCGAAGCGAACGCCGAAAUGCGCUGCCGUUACCUUGGCCCCGGCUGGGAGUUGGUGAAGGUGCGGGGGAUUCCAUACAACACCGGCGACGGCAUCCGGAUGGCGCUUGAUAUCGGCGCCCAAUCCCAUGGGCAUUGGAGUAGUUGCCAUGCCGUGGCUUGGGAUAUGAACGCGCCGGCCUUCGGAGACCGUACCAUCACCGAGUUGUACCAGAAACACUCCUACCCCUUCGGUCUCAUCGUAAACCUUAACGGGGACCGAUUUCUGGAUGAGGGGGCCGACUUCCGCAAUUACACCUACGUCACCUAUGGGCGGGCAUUACUUACUCAACCGCAGGGCUUAGCCUUCCAGAUUUUCGACGACAAAGUCAAACACUUACUCCGGGAUGAAUACCACAUCCCCCAAGUGACUAUGGCCCAAGCUGACACAAUAGAGGAAUUGGCGGCGCGACUCGACAUAGACCCACAGGGGCUAUCACAGACAGUGCGGGAGUUUAACGCCGCGGUGCAGCAGGACGUGCCCUACAACCCAACGGUGAAGGACGGCAGGGCAACGGUUGGUAUCGAACCGCCCAAGACCAACUGGGCGCAACCCAUCGACACACCCCCUUACCUUGGAUACGCCGUUACUUGCGGCAUAACGUUCACUUUCGGCGGCGUGAAGAUCGACACCCGGGGACAAGUGGUCACCAACAGCCAGGAGCCCAUUCCAGGGCUCUACGCCGCCGGGGAAAUGGUUGGCGGCCUCUUUUACUACAACUAUCCGGGCGGCUCCGGCCUCUCGGCAGGUAUGGUUUUUGGCCGGCUGGCAGGAACCAGCGCGGGGCGAGACGCCAUGACCUUGAAGGACUAG